AUGGAUCCUCUUAGCAUUACCGCUGCGAUAGCAAGCCUUGCUGUCCCUGCCAUACAGUGUGCAUCCCAUCUCUCAGCCGAAAUCAGCAGCCUGGUAAAAGCGCCACAGAUCGUCCAGAGCCUCAAAGACGAUGUCUCAUCUACCGAAGCAGUCCUCAUAUCGCUCCAAGGAAUACAAGAUUCAGAAUGGGAGGCCCUGGGACCAAUCGUGGCUGAUCAGUCUAAAGUGGCCAUCAAGAAUUGCGAGAAAGCAUGCGAGGGUUUUCGGGUCAACCUGCAGAGUUGGACAAAGCAUUCGAAGGAGGGGCAGCUAUACAGUUCGAUCCGCCACUCGUACGUCACCGAGGACAUCAGGCGCAAGAUCUCGACCAGCGGGGUUGAAGUCUCAAGCGCUCUUGGAUCGGCUAAGACGCAACUCGCAGGUGUUGAAAGAGAAAUGGGACGAAUACGACUUGAAGAUACGGCGGAUGACGCAGAUAACAGAGAAGAUACAAAGAACACGAUCAGACAGUUGCAGGAAGAACGUGCGGCUCUUCAGUGCUCGCGCAAGAUGUUAGAGGAGUUGCAGCAGAAAGCUCGAGAGGACGCGGUGAUGCAAGCUGCAAACCAAAACCAGGGUCGGCUACACAAUAUUACGCUCGGAGGUACUGUCUAUGGACAGCAGAAUGCAAUCGUUAAUGGCGGCACCUGGACGCAGAACUUCGGAUACAAGCCAACAUGA